AUGUCAUCCUUCAACACCUUCUCUCCUCCACCCCCUACCCCUUACUUCACCAACCUCGGCUUCGGCUACUCCAUCGCCAUCGCCCUCGGGGUUCUCUUCCUCAUCUCUACCCUCAUCCUCUCUUCCUACCUUUGCUGCCGCUCCCUCCGCCACCGCAACAACAACCGCCGUCAUCGCCGCCACAACCCCCAUGCCCCCGAUGGCAUCGUCCUCCCGCGCGUCAUCUUCGUCGCCGAGGACGACGACGACGACGGUGCCCGCCACAACGACGCCGUCUCCGGCCUCGAACAGGUCGUCAUAAACUCCUACCCCAAGUUCCCCUUCACGAAAGACGGCGGCUGCGACACCACGUGCUCCAUCUGUCUCUGCGAGUAUAAGGAUUCGGAGAUGCUGAGGAUGAUGCCCGAGUGUCGACACUACUUUCACCUCUGCUGUCUCGACCCCUGGCUCAAGCUCAACGGCUCCUGCCCCGUGUGCCGGAACUCCCCCAUGCCCACGCCGCUGUCCACGCCGCUGCAGGAGGUGGUGCCGCUCUCGCAGUACGCCGCUGAUGCUAGGGGGAGGAGGUGA